AUGGCUUCAGUCAUUAUGUCUGAUGCCAUUGACUCUGAUGCUGGACCAGGUUCCAGCACAGCCGGUACGCCCAGAGCAAGUCAAACACUUCGCGGAUCGUCAGCCAGACCAAGAGGCCCUCCCUCGGAGAGUGUCGCCCCUCUAAGUGACGAUGAGGGAUUCGCAGAUGAUCAGAUCCCAACCGGAACAGGUCGCCCUAGGAGAAAAGACCGCGCUGUUCCUCGAGUUGUGGAUAGAGUCGGGCUGGUCGUUCAGUCUAGAUUCGAAGACUUCCUCGAAUCAUACGUCGAGGAGCCAUCGUCUUCUGGGGCGCCUCCAUCUUCCGCCGCAACGACUGAUAAAUACUACAUCGCCCAGAUCCAUGGGCUGAGAACCUACCAGCUAUCGACCCUAUAUGUCGAUUACAGGCAUCUCUCCCAAUAUGCAGACGAAUUGUCUUCGGCAGUGGUGUCGGAUUACUACAGAUAUCUGCCUUUUUUGACUAAGGCGCUCCAUAAUUCGAUCGCCAAACACGAGCCUCGGUAUUUCAGAGAGCAUCGACAACCUACAGCCUCGAGUAACCAAACUUCAUCCGGAGCUAGCAAUGCUGCCUCGGCCAGCCAAUCCGAUUUUCAAGGCGACAAAACCACGAACCAACAGACUGAUAAGUUGUUUGCGUUGGCUUUCUACAAUUUGCCCCUUGUUACCCGCGUCCGUCAUCUCAGGACGGCCAACAUUGGCCAGCUUCUCUCUAUUUCUGGCACUGUCACGAGGACGUCAGAAGUGCGGCCGGAGCUCUCACUUGCAACCUUUAGUUGCGAGUCGUGUAAAAAUACCAUCCCGAAUGUUGAGCAGACAUUUCGAUAUACUGAGCCCACGCAAUGUCCAAACGAAACAUGCAAUAACCGGCUAGCAUGGAGGUUAGACAUCAGGCAGAGUACCUUUGUUGAUUGGCAGAAGGUUCGAGUUCAAGAAAAUAGCUCGGAAAUUCCCACUGGAAGCAUGCCCCGGACGCUGGAUGUUAUUCUCCGUGGAGAAAUCGUUGAGCGCGCAAAAGCUGGAGAGAAAUGCAUCUUCACGGGAACUCUUAUCGUUGUACCGGACGUCAGCCAGCUUGGCCUCCCAGGAGUGAAGCCAACAGCUGUGCGGGAUAACCAGAAUAGAAGUGCAGAGGUGAAUGGUGUUACUGGACUAAAAUCCCUUGGUGUCCGUGAUCUCACUUAUAAGCUUGCCUUCUUGGCUUGUAUGGUUACGCCUGAUACGUCGACUACUGGCUCAUCAACCAGUCAGCAGCUCAAUGGCCAGUCGAAUAAUCUCCUGGCAUCUCUCAACCAAACUGCGCCUAUCGAUCCCAAUGAACCUGGCGAGAAAGCUCAAGCAGCCCUUCUUGCAUCCAUGACGCAAGAAGAAAUUAAUGACCUUCGAAAGAUGGUCCACAGUAAGCACCUCUACGCUCGGCUCGUCGAUUCACUCGCACCUAUGGUGUACGGCCACGAUAUCAUCAAGAAAGGUCUCCUUUUGCAACUAGUUGGUGGGUUAAGUAAAACUACACCCGAAGGCAUGGCGCUUAGAGGCGAUAUCAACAUCUGCAUCGUAGGCGACCCAUCCACCUCUAAGUCACAAUUCUUGAAGUAUAUUUGCUCUUUCUUACCUCGUGCGGUAUACACUUCCGGCAAGGCAUCUUCUGCGGCAGGUCUUACGGCUGCUGUGGUCAAGGAUGAAGAGACCGGCGAGUUCACUAUCGAGGCCGGUGCCCUGAUGUUGGCGGACAACGGAAUUUGUGCCAUUGACGAGUUCGACAAGAUGGAUAUCAGCGAUCAAGUUGCGAUUCACGAAGCCAUGGAACAGCAGACUAUUUCCAUUGCAAAGGCCGGUAUCCAAGCUACCCUAAACGCCCGGACUUCCAUUUUGGCAGCUGCAAACCCGGUCGGUGGUCGGUACAAUCGCAAGACCACGUUGAGGGCUAAUAUCAAUAUGUCUGCUCCUAUCAUGUCUCGUUUUGAUCUCUUCUUUGUCAUUCUGGAUGAAUGUAACGAGGUUGUGGAUCGCCACCUCGCUGAGCACAUCGUUGGAAUUCAUCAGCUGCGAGACGAAGCCGUGCAGCCCGAGUUCUCGACGGAGCAGUUGCAACGAUAUAUUCGAUUCGCCAGGACAUUCAAACCUGAAUUUAAGCCUGAAGCCAGGGAGGUUCUGGUAGCGAAAUAUAAGGAGCUUCGGAGUGAUGAUGCCCAAGGAGGUAUCGGACGGAACAGCUACCGAAUCACUGUCCGACAGCUUGAAUCCCUAAUCCGUCUAUCAGAGGCGAUUGCUAAGGUUAAUUGUGUCGAGGAGAUUGAACCCCAUAUGGUGAUUGAAGCAUUCAAUCUUCUCCGACAAAGCAUUAUCUCUGUUGAGAAGGAUGAUGUCGACGUUGAUGAAGACGAAGAAGAGGUGCCAGGCGACAAUGCCGCGUCGAGCCGUAGAGAUAAUGAUGGCGACUCCCCCAUGGCUGAUGGCCCCGACGAAGAUGAAGAUGGUGAUGACGGAAAUGGAGGCGGCACAGUCGAUGCGAGCGGCACUCCCAUCCCCACAGCUGAUGGCCCGAGCAAGAAGACAAAGAUUACAUAUGACAAGUAUAUUAGCGUUGUGAAUCUCCUGGUCCAGCGCGUCAACGAGGACGAGAUGAGCAGCGGGGAGGGCGUAGAUGGCGAGAAGCUUGUGGAAUGGUACUUGGAGCAGAAGGAGGACGACCUAACUAGCGAGGAGGAUUAUCAUGCUGAGAAGGCGUUGACGAAGAAGAUUGUCAAGAGAAUGGUGAAGGAAAAUAUCCUAAUGGCGAUUAGAGGGCAAGGCCUUAUUGGUGAAGAUGGCGAGCGGAGUUCCGCCGCGGCGGAACACAUUGUUUAUGUUCUUCAUCCUAAUUGCGCCGUUGAGGAGUACUAA